CCUGGGUGAGAUGGUGAACGAGUACGAGUCUCUGUUGGCAGCGAAUCCAAGUUAUGUUGGAGACCUCCUCACGGACAGGCUCCACGAUUUUGCCGGCUGCAAGGACGCUCUGGUAGGUGCUCAGGACGAUCUGGCAGGUUUACCUUCAGGUGCUCAGGACGACUCUUUUGCGUCUUCUAAACGGUGUAAAAACGAGGGGGACGAAGAUGACUUUCUCCAGGAUGAACACCAGUACCAGCACGGCAAAGUAGAAACGAGGGUGCAACACCUUACAACUGCAGCAGCAACAUCACAGCGGGGAGAAGAUGAACGUGAGCCACAUCUUGUUCAGAAUGACGUUUCACGCUCAUUAUUUUGCGAUUUUCU